AUGAUGGAAGUUGGCUGGCUGCAUCUGCGUUCUGAUGGAAGCCGAGUGCAACAAAUCGUGCACGCCAUUAUCGUCGGGGUGUCCACGACGUCGCACGCUUGCAGUUGUUUGCUCGUUGUGUGGCGUGCAGCCUGCCCUUGUCGCUACGUAUCGAUCCCGUCGUCUGCUUGCCUCGUGCUCUCCGUUGCGCGCGUACUGCUAAAUCCGGCCGGUUGCACCCUCACUGCGCUGUCCCCGGCCGCCCUCGAUAUUUUGUGUACAGCCUGCGAAUAUUGGUCACAUUUCAAGGUAUAA